AGCUGUACGUCAUGAAGACGGCGGGCCGGCGCGCCGAGCAGCAGGCCGCGCUCCAGGCCAAGAUAGACGCGUGCGUGGCGCGGAUGCGGCGCUACGACGCGCGCGUGGAGCAGCUGCGGCAGCAGCGCGAGCUGUGGCUGCGCACGCUGCCGGCUCGGGUGCAGUCGCUGGACGAGCGCAUCCGCGCGCACUGCAGGGCGGCCCACGAGCGAGAGAGCCGGCGCGUGGCGGGAGUGCUGCGCGCGCGCGGGGACCGCGACCAGCAGUUCGAGGAGCGACAGCGCCGCCGCCGCGAGGACCGCCUGCACGAGAAGCACAUGCGCGAGGCACAUCGCUGGAAGAUCAAAUUCCGCGCACAGACGAAACGGAUGGAACGCGAGACUAGACUGCUGUAUGACUAUCACUGUUACGAGGAAAAAUGUGUUGCCCGGCACCAGCAGAUGAUGGAAGAGGAGUGGACGAACAUGAAUGAAAUGCUCACCAGAAUAAAAAGAGAACGACUGGCAAAACUGAGAGGUGAGAAGCCCCCAGAUAUUGUUAAAGCUAUAACCAAAGUUCUGGAGGAGACACAGAAAUCUACUGUUCAUGUGCAGAGUCCAUGGGUUGUGGAAAAGUUUGUGCGUGCAUCACUGGCUGAAAAGAAACCUGGAGAUAUUGCGGCAGUACUCCACGGAGUCAAAAAGAAGCUUGAAAGAGCUUCACACCUGCCAGAGCAGGUACUGUUCACCCUGGAUGCUCUGUUAGAGGGUGUUGUAAAAGAAUUUGUCCUCAAAGGACUGGCAUCGAUGGUGACUGUGACGAUUGAGAAAGCACUUGAACUGGUCCGAAUUAAAUUACGAGAGCCUCAUUCGAUGGAAGACAAACAUCAUCAUCUGAAGCAUCGUAGAAGAACUUCAGACACAGAACGAUCACACAGCAAACUUUCUAUUAGAUCCUUAUCAAGAAGUUCUCAGGAAAGGGAAAAGUCUGACUCAUUACUGCAAGUACUUCGUGGAGUAAGCUUUGGAAAUGCCACUACAAUUGGGAGAUCAUCUUUGGUGGAUGUUAAAGGACCAUUCCGCUCUUCCAGAGAUAGGCCUCCAACUCCAGUGCCAUCAGUUGAACAUCUUGCCCAAGAAGUUUUUAAGGAUCCACCAGAAGAGGAAGAGGAAGAUGAAAGUGAAAUUAAAGGAAAACCAGAUUAUCAUAAAUUAAAACUGGAGAGACAAUUUGCUGCUCUCUCAAGACGUUUAAUAAAAUCUGUUGUAAACAAGAUAGAAGCAUGCGAUCUAAGACGAAAAAUUAUGAAGCCUCCAUUGCCAGAUUUCAAGAAAUAUCAUGUUAUCAACAAGCUGGCAGAGAGAAUUUUAGAAGAUGAAUCUCGAAUUAGUACAGACUCAGAUGAAUUUCAAGAUGCCGUGACUGUCAUAAUUCAAGAAGUUAUCAAGUUAUACCAGCAACAAGAAAGUCAUGUCAAUAAAUUAUAGGUUUUGAUGGCUCUUCUCUCUUGGAGGCACCAGUAAUGACAGAUUCCAUGUGCCAUUACAUGGAUUUUGUGCAAAAUCUUUUGUAUAACAACAUAUUUGUUUAGUUGCACCAAUGAGAAAAUAUACUGGAAAAGUUUUCAUGAAAUUUAAAAUUAUGCAUUCACUUGCUUGAAGAAGGGAAAUUUAUUAAUUAUAUACAUUUUGCUGAAAUAAGAAAUAAUUACUCUAUGGGAACAAUUGAUGCUGCUUGUCUCUUUGUACAUUUAUUUAUUUAUUUAUUUAUUAUCAUCCCAAUGAUCACAUUUGUGAUAUAAGAUUUGUCAGGAUACAUUUUAACAACUAUAUAAUAUCUUUAAAAAAAUUCUAUGCUGAAUUCACAUUAAUCUAUCUUAUGUUUAAUACAAUAUACAACUAA